CGUUUCUUCAGCGAGCCCGAGGACAACAGCUGGAAACCGGCGGGGUUUCAGACGCAAUAAAGGAAUAAAGGAAUCGUGGUCAGGAUGUUGAUCACCAUGCUAACAGUGAUGUACAUGAUGGUCAGAGUCAUGGAAUCGAUUGGUGUCCGGUUUGUACAGCCACAGGAACCUUUGCCUUACAUGGUGUCCCAGCCUUUGCCUUGGCAGGUUCACUCUGUAUCGCACAGUCGGAGGAGCAGUAAAAUAGAUGAGUUUGAUCGGCGAAACAGCAUGGGCGUGUACAGAAAGAAGUAUGUCUCCAUGGCUAUUGCCUCUACCUCUCUGGCUAUUCCCUGUGUCCUGUCGUGUUCAGACUCCAAUGCCAGCAAUGGCACCGCCACCGCUGUACCCCCCCUCAGCCCGGUAGAAGUCGAGAAGGCCGCUUCUACGAUCCAGACGCAUUUCAGGAAAUUCCAACAGAAAAAGCAGAAGAACAGCAAGUAGAUAUGGACAGAAAACAGUCUGUACGGCAGGACGGGUUUAGCAAGCGUGAGAAACAGCAAAAGAAGAGUCAUCAAGGAUGUGUCGCCCCCUGUGAUCAAACAUGUAUUUAUAUAAAUAUGCAGACAAAUACACAUUGAAUCGAAACAAAUGACACUGUAGUUGAUGGUGUAAUUAAACGUGUGUGUAAUACAAGUUACACAGGUGUUUGUGAGUUGCUGAAUAAAUGUGAACACUAUAGGUGAGUGUACCUUAAGGAUGAUGGUGGCUGUGACUGAAUGUAUUAUUUGACUGUCAUUUAUGUUUCAGUAGUGUUUAUAUGUAAUAAGCCUGUCUUUCCUUCACAAGUGAUCAACUGUUGUUUUUGUUUUAUUACCCAAUGCUGCCCUCUAGUGUCAGAAUCUGGC